GCUCUAUCACUUGCCGAAUGCCUCCUAAUCUGUGCUUUCGUUCAGGCCUCUCCCCCGACUCGGGUGUCUAUAAGGAUAUAAGCCACCUACCUUGUCCAUCUUCCCAUGUUGUUAAUCCGCUCAGUACAACUGUUUCCCUCUGUAUAAUCUAGAGAUUAUUAGACUCGGUGCUCGUCAUGCGUCCCCGUAACCACUCUGCCUCGUCCUCGUCAAGUAGAGACUCUUAUCUCUCAUCUUCGUCCGUCUCUUCUCUCGACGAAGACGAGCUAAAUGGUCGGAUCACACCCAAUUGGGAAUGCUAUAGAAAGCUCUUCGAGCAGCGUGGUUAUCGUUUGGACACGGCACGAGACGCAAGACAGUACUAUGAACGUGUCUUUCAAGGUUCAAUACCUACAAACGUCUGUCACAGGCAAGGCUAUGCUCGGGCUUGUCGAGCGAAUCCAGAUGCACUAUGCAAAGAUGCCGGGCUGCCUGACAACCUUUUUCGUGGGACGCGUAUAUUCGAUGGGAAGCGUUUCGUGGUCAAGGCUGUAUGUCUUCGGAGCCGACAGUAUGAGGUCAUUCGUAUGCUAUCGGCUCCUCCGCUUCGUGAUGAUCCGAUGAACCAUACGAUCCCCGUUCUUGACCUUAUUGAAGUGCCCGAGUCAGACGUGGCGUUUAUUGUCCAGGAAGAGUGGUCUUCCGAGAUUAUUGACCCGUGUAGGCCGUGUCCUCCCAUUGACUUUUUACGAGCCGUCCGACAAUGCAUUGAGGGCCUAGCAUUCAUGCACGCGCAUGGAAUUGUACAUCUCGAUGUUUCGCUCCGUAACAUUCUCACGGACUUCCACGGGCGUUACAGUUACAUUGACUUUGAGCUGAGUCGGAGAUAUACUGACAAGUCGACACCGCCUCGAAUAUCCGGGUGUAAAGGAACAGAAGUCCCUCCAGAGCUUGAACGUGGUGAAGAGUCAGACCCCUUUAAGGUAGACGUGUGGGCGUUGGCUGUCGUUAUCCUCCGAGCUUGUAAAUUAUCCGGCCAUGACCUCCCCUGUCUCGUCCAACUAGCUCAACCCAUGCUCAACGCCUCCUACUCUGCUCGUCCCUCAGCACGCGAAGUAUUACUAGCAUUUGACCGUCUCGUGGCUCGUAUCGUACCGAAUUGGACACCACAGCGACUUUAAAUUAAAUACAUAAAUACGAAAUUAAUAUUUAUCUGUCCUGUGUCUUUUUUUCACUCACGA